GAGCGGUGAGGACCAGAAGCUCGUACUGGUGGGCUGCAGAGUGAAGCGGACAGCGGGCCGGGGGGGCUUUCAGAACGCAUGCAGCUGCAGAAGAGAAAAGCCGUCCAGGUCUGCCAAAGGUGACAGAUGGGGUAGCACCAGCCUACUUCUUUGGAGUAUUUUUUCUGUUUAUGUGGCAGACUGACUCUUAAAGGCAGAGCUUGGUCCACAGCUAGCGAGUGAGCAGCCUGUGCUAGUGACAGGCCUGAGGAAUUGGAUCAAAAGCGAGGCAGAGAACCUCUAAGAGGAGCCGCCAUGCGUGAGGAACUGUCCUACACACGCUCCCCAGAAGGGAGCCGAGCAGCCCGGGGGGAGGAUGCAGAGCGCCCCCCAAAGACAGGAUCGAGCGAGAGCCGUAAGCGAGGGCCGUGCCCCAGGAAUGACAACAGUGAAGCUGAGGAAAGGUCAGCUGGGAGUCCCCCACACCUUCUGCCACCAGGAACUAAGCGGCCAAAGAAGAACCCUCCCGUGGCAGUGGCUGCGGUCGACCAGCAGGGCGCAAGCUCCGCCCCCCGUGGCAGCCAGCCCUUCGAGGACCUGCACACGCAGCGCGUGAUCGCCAACGUGCGCGAGCGGCAGCGCACCCAGUCGCUGAACGACGCCUUCGCCUCGCUGAGGAAGAUCAUCCCCACGCUGCCCUCGGACAAGCUCAGCAAGAUCCAGAUCCUAAAGCUGGCCUCGCGCUACAUCGACUUCCUGUACCAGGUGCUGCAGAGCGACGAGAUGCACGGCAAGCUGGCCAGUUCCAGCUACCUGGCCCAUGAGCGGCUCAGCUACGCCUUCUCCGUCUGGAGGAUGGAGGGGGCCUGGUCCAUGUCCACCCCCCAUUAGCCAACCAACCCCCCUCCCCACCUUAUCCCCUUUCCUACCCUCCCCAGCCCCCCUCAGCUCACCUCAGCUGUCCUGCCGCCCAUCUCAGCUCUGUCCCGGAAAGUGUCCUGGCUGGCUGUCCAACAGCAGAGAGACGGGCUGCAAAAACCAGCCAUCUGAGCCCAGCAGGCUUCGCGGGACAGACGACGUUGGAGAGACCGCCACCCCCAGUGGCCUCGGCAAGGACCACCGCAGAGGGCAGACACACCAGCAUCUCUCCAGACCAUGGGAAUCAUUACACGGUUUACACUGCGGCUUGGGACGGCUUGGCUGUGAAGCACACAGUAACGCGCCCCCCCCCCUGCCUUAUCUGAGACGUGUGUAUGGAAUCAAAAGCAUGGCCUGAUUUAAUUAGUGGUAUAGGGGCUGCCUUACUGGGACGAAGAGGAAGUGAUCUUCGCCAUGUGGUUUUGUGUGUCCUCUGAUACAAGGAGAGUGACCAGAUUGGUAACCUACAAUGGUAGAUCGUGCAGAGAAGCUACUUCCGAAAAACGGACAUCAGGUUGUAUCUGAGAUGCACAAUAUCCCAGUUUCCCAUACCUGAAGCUGCAUUCACACCUCCAGAGAAAUGCAGUGCUCACUGGCACUCAGUGAGACAUGACAGUGUUUUGGUAAAUUGAGCCGUGUCCAGGCUGGGCACCAUUGUGGGCUCCAGUUCGUUCUACUUGUGGUAAAAAUGUUCCCUGUGGUAAAUGUUCACUGCAUUGCUCUUUAGGUAAUAAAACAUGCUUUGCGCACAGUCUCUGCAA